GUUUUUUUUGUGGUGCGACCGAGCGGCUCGUAACGUCCGCACAAAGAGACAUCGCCGACGGCAGCAGCGACACGGCAAGAUGGGCGAGAAACGAUCAGUAGCGAUGGCCGUGAGUGACAGCAACAUGUCCAGUCCCGAGCUACAACGGUCGCCCGUGCCUGAAUAUACUGCCGUUCAGCUCGGUCACGCGGGCGAAGAGAGCCAAGAUGACUCUCGAGAGCUGCCCCGCUACGAUGCUGGAGAGUACAGUAGGCAUGGCGACGGCGAGGAUGAGAAACGUGCCUUCCUAUCGCCUCAGAUGAAGCGAACUGGCUCGCACGCCUCCAGCAGCGCGAGCCCGCCCAGCUCACCGGGCAUGACCGCUCCCGCUCCUCAGUCAGAAUCGACGCCGUGGCAAGUUGCAGCUGCAGUAUCAUUCUAUAUCCUUGCAGCACUCGUGAUGGUCAUGGGCAACAAGUGGGUCUUGAACAGCGUCAAUCUGCCGCUCUACUUCCUGCUCGUGCAACUGACGACAUCUGUCCUGCUGCUGCGCGUGUCGGCCAUCUUUGGCUACUUUCGCGUGCCUACUUGCACCGUCGGAUUGUGCAAAGGCCUCGCGCCACUCAUCCUCGUCAACGUCAUCGGACUCGCCUUCAACACAUACUGCCUGCAAGCGAUCGAUGCCUCUUUCUAUCAGAUCGCAAGAGGCAUGAUCCUGCCCUGCACCGCCCUCUUUUCGUAUUUCUAUCUCAACGUCAGGCCGAACAAUUACACGCUCGGCGCGAUUGGCGUCGUCUGCUUUGGCUUCAUGCUCGGUGUCGGCACAGAAGACAUGUCUGUCUCUGCACUCGGCAUCGUCCUCGGCUUCUUCUCGUCCAUCACGACCGCAUACCACGCCAUCGUGGUCAAGCGAUCCCUGCCGUUGCUGAACAACAGCUCGCUCGACUUGGUCUACUUUAGCAAUCUGCUCAGUGCCAUCAUAUUGCUGCCCUUCGCCGUCGUCGUCGAGACGGGCGACUUGCUUGCUAUGACAAGCACAGGCGGCUCGGCUCUAUCAACUUUUAUCUCAGGCAGUUUCCUGACUGGCAUUUUCGGCUUCUUGAUCGGUAUGGCAGGCACGCUGUCCAUCAAGGUCACUUCGCCAACAACGCACAUGAUCAGCUCGGCCGUGCGGGGCAUCGCACAGACUUUCCUGGGUUGCUGGCUCUUCAACGACCAGCUGACCUCGGGUCGCGCGUCCGGCAUCGUCGCUAUUCUCGCCGGCUCGAUCAUGUAUACGUGGUCAAUGUCGAAAAAGGCAGCCGCGCCAUCUGCUACACCAGUCCGCUCGCCACCUCGACAGACAGCGGAAGAAGACCGAUACGUGAAUCGACACUCGCACAAACGCUCGCUCAGCGUCACGACGGCCAACGCACGCAAGUUCUAUGCGGACAGCAAACACUGAUCCUCCUCGCACGAUAGACUAUUCCACAUUGUACAGCAGCCACGGUUGUAGAUGCAUAGAUGCUUUUCCGGAUUGUUUAUUGCGAUUUGAUCUGCUUGGGGGCUUGCCCGAACACGUCUUCCGUGACUUUGCCGUAGCUACCGGUGAGCAGAAGCCAGAUAGACUUGAGAAGGG